CUCACCGCCGACUUCCAGAGAACAUCCUCCGCCGCCGCCUUCGGUACUCAGUUUCCCUUCGCCUGUUGCUCCGCUGCGGUGCUGCCUGUAUCUUCCUCUAGAAAUCAUGAAUGAGAAUUGAUUGAUUGAGAAAGGGGAGUCGAUUGUAUAGAGUUUUGUAAACCCUAAUUGAAAAGGCGGAAUGCUGGCAAAUCCUAGCACCGGCACCCUCCAUGGGAGCAUUUCUCGUCCCCGAAGCUAUCCGUUUCGGGUUUCCAGUAGCCGCUUCGACUUUCCAACUUGCUCUCGUUGCUUUGGUCCCAGAAAAUCAAGGUCCCGCUCCUUAUCGCUGCUUGUACCAAGGAAAGCUGCAGAAAGCUUCUCCCGCGUUAGAGCUUCCAUUGAAGACCACCAAUUCCCCGAGUCGGUUGCUGUAGAUGGAGCGCAGUUCUUCCCUCAAUACGUUUCUGUUAAAAUCCCCUACGGAGACAGAGAGAUAUUGGUUGAAACAGGUCAUAUGGGAAGACAAGCUAGUGGUGCUGUUAUGGUGACUGAUGGAGAAACUGUUGUCUAUACAUCUGUUUGUUUGAAUGAUGUUCCAAGCGAACCUUCAGACUUUUUCCCUCUUUCUGUACAUUAUCAAGAGCGUUUUUCAGCUGCAGGUCGAACAAGUGGAGGGUUUUUUAAACGAGAGGGAAGAGCAAAAGAUCAUGAGGUUUUGAGCUAUGAUAGUUUGCACCCACCUGAUGUAUUGGCCGUCACAGCUGCUGGGAUAGCAGUGGGUAUUGUGAUUUUCUACCAGAGGAGAAGUUGUUUGAAGCAGUAAAAAUUGGCCAGGAAGCAGUACAGUUAAUUUGCAAAGAAAUGGGGGCUUUGGCGGCAAAGUGUGGAAAACCGAAAAUGCUUGAUGCUGUAAAGUUACCUCUGCCUGAGCUGUAUAAACAUGUGGAGGAUUUCUUAGGUGUGGAAAAUAUGAAUGCAGUUGUGGAUUCAUGGGAGGGGGAUGGGCAUGGAUGUUCGACAAAAGUUUGCUACACAAAUUCUUGAGAUGGGGUGAAUUAAUAAGGACAUAAAUUGUGUUAUAUAUGUAUGUUCAAUUUCUUUUCUACAAAUCAAUUGCAAUGUAUUCCAUAACUCUAAUGAUCAAAUAUUGAUCUUCUCUUCAAUUGUGGG